AUGUCCAUGCUUCCUCCCGAGGUCCACAAUGCGCUGUCCCAGCUGCUGCGCGCUCUGGGCACGCCCGACAACGCUGUCAGAUCCCAGGCGGAAGACCAGCUGAACAAUGACUGGGUUCAGAACCGACCAGAUAUCUUGCUGAUGGGAUUGGCAGAGCAGCUUGGGGGUGCGGAAGACACAAUAACGCGUGCUUUUGCUGCUGUUCUUUUCCGAAGAAUUGCAACCAAAACCCGCAAAGACCCCGCUACCGGCGAGGCCAAAGAAGUUUUCUCGAGUUUGUCCAACGAACAGCGUGUGGCGAUCCGCGAGAAGCUGGUGAGCUGCUUGACCAGUGAGAGCGUUACCGAUGUGCGCAAGAAGAUCGGAGAUGCAGUCGCCGAGGUGGCUCGGCAAUACACAGACAACGGCGGCCAAUGGCCAGAGCUUCUCGGGGUCCUCUUCACGGCCAGCCAGUCUCCGGAGUCUGGUCUGCGGGAGACCGCAUUCCGGAUCUUUACGAGCACCCCGGGUAUCAUCGAGAGGCAGCACGAGGACACCGUGUUGGAAGUUUUCACCAAGGGCUUCAAGGAUGACAACAUUUCCGUGCGAAUUGCUGCCAUGGAAGCCUUCUCUGCCCUGUUCCGCUCGAUCUCCAAGAAAUCCCAGCCCAAGUUUACGCCUCUCAUGCCGGACCUUCUCAACAUCUUGCCCCCAAUCAAGGAAUCCUCUGAAAGUGACGAGCUCUCGUCGGCAUUCCUCGCCCUGAUCGAGCUCGCUGAGAUUAGCCCGAAGAUGUUCAAGGGCCUGUUCAGCAACCUGGUCAAAUUCAGCAUCAGCGUCGUUGCCGACAAAGAGCUCAGCGACCAGGUUCGCCAGAAUGCCCUGGAGCUGAUGGCCACCUUCGCCGACUAUGCACCCAACAUGUGCAAGAAGGAGGCCGAAUUUGCGCAGGAAAUGGUCACGCAGUGUCUGAGCCUGAUGACCGAUGUCGGGGCAGAUGAUGACGACGCCGAGGACUGGAAUGCAUCUGAGGAUCUCGAACCCGAAGAGAGCGACCUCAACCACAUUGCCGGCGAACAGUGCAUGGACCGUCUGGCCAACAAACUGGGUGGCCAGGCUAUUCUCCAGCCCGCCUUUGCUUGGAUCCCCCGCAUGAUGUCGUCCACUGCCUGGCGCGAUCGCCAUGCCGCUCUGAUGGCCAUUUCCGCCAUCUCGGAAGGAUGUCGGGAUCUGAUGGUGGGUGAGCUGGACCAAGUUUUGGCGCUGGUUGUUCCCGCUCUCCGCGAUCCCCACCCGCGAGUCCGAUACGCAGCCUGCAACGCACUGGGUCAGAUGAGCACCGACUUUGCCGGCACGAUGCAAGAAAAGUACCACGCCGUGGUUCUGAACAACAUUAUCCCUGUACUCGGUUCGGCGGAACCACGUGUGCAGUCCCAUGCGGCUGCUGCUCUGGUGAACUUCUGCGAGGAAGCCGAACGUAGCGUCUUGGAGCCCUACCUUGGAAACCUUCUGAGUCAUCUUCUGGAGCUCCUGCGUAGCCCUAAGCGCUACCUGCAAGAGCAAGCACUGUCCACCAUUGCCACAAUUGCCGAUUCCGCCGAGACUGCGUUUGGCCAGUACUACACGACCCUGAUGCCGCUGCUGCUCAAUGUUCUGAAGGAGGAGCAGGGCAAAGAGUACCGCCUUCUGCGUGCCAAGGCCAUGGAAUGCGCGACGUUGAUUGCGUUGGCCGUCGGCAAGGAGAAGAUGGGCCAGGAUGCUUUGAACCUUGUGCAGCUUUUGGGCAACAUCCAACAGAACAUCACCGAUGCCGACGACCCGCAGUCGCAGUACCUUCUGCACUGCUGGGGCCGGAUGUGCCGUGUUCUGGGCCGUGACUUCGUUCCGUAUCUGCCUGGUGUCAUGCCACCCCUGCUGACGGUGGCGGCCGCCAAGGCGGACAUUCAGCUGCUGGAUGACGAGGAUCAAAUUGAGCAGGUUGAGCAGGAUGACGGCUGGGAGCUGGUUCCGCUCAAGGGCAAGAUCAUUGGCAUCAAGACCAGCGCUCUGGAGGACAAGAACACCGCCAUCGAGCUCAUCACUAUCUACGCCCAGAUUCUGGAGGAGGCCUUCGAGCCCUACGUCCUGGAAACCAUGGAGAAAAUCGCAGUCCCCGGUCUUGCGUUCUUUUUCCACGACCCCGUCCGGGUGUCGGCUGCCAAACUGAUCCCGCAACUGCUGAACUCGUACAAAAAGGCGCACGGUGGCCAGUCGCCGGGCUUUGGGGAGAUGUGGAACAAGGUGGCGGAGAAGAUCAUCGAGGUCCUGAGCGCGGAGCCCACCGUGGACACGCUGGCCGAGAUGUACCAGUGCUUCUACGAGUCCGUGGAAGUGGUUGGCCGAAACUGCCUGAGCCCGCAGCACAUGCAGGCAUUCAUCGACUCUGCCAAGUCCACGCUAGAGGACUACCAGAUGCGCGUGAAGCAACGGUUGGAAGAAAAGGCCGAGCUGGACGAAGGCGAGGAGGAGAACCUGGAAUACGAGUACGCAGUGGAGGACGACCAAAACUUGUUGAGCGACAUGAACAAGGCUUUCCACACGAUCUUCAAGAACCAGGGUACUACGUUCCUGCCGGCCUGGCGGCAACUGAUCCAGUUCUACGAUGCCUUUAUCAGCAGCGAUGACCCCACACAACGGCAAUGGGCGCUCUGCAUCAUGGACGACGUGCUGGAAUUUUGCGGGGAGGAGUCGUGGGCGUUCAAGGACCACAUUAUGCAGCCUCUGGCUUCUGGUCUCACCGACGUGAACGCCGCCAACCGCCAGGCCGCCGCUUACGGUGUUGGUGUGGCCGCCCAAAAGGGUGGUGCCGCCUGGAGCGACUUUGUCGCGGCCAGCAUCCCCAGCCUGUUCCAGGUGACACAGCAUGCGCAGUCCCGCACCGAGGAGCAUGUCUUUGCGACGGAGAACGCUUCGGCCAGCAUCGCCAAGAUCCUGCACUACAACGCCUCCAAGGUGCAGAAUGCCCAGGAUAUCGUGGGUAACUGGAUUGAGACGCUGCCCAUCACUUUUGAUGAGGAGGCUGCUCCGUACGCAUAUUCGUUUGUGGCACAGUUGAUUGACCAACAAAACCCCGCCGUCUUCACCAAGGCUGACCGCGUGUUCGGCUUCAUCGUGCAGGCCCUCGAGGCCGGCACGCUGCAGGGCCAAACUGCAGCCCGCGUGGCCGAGUCGGCCAAGCGCCUGGUGACUUCGACGGGAGUCAACGCGGAUCAAAUCUUGGCGGGAGUCAGCCCAGCCAGCCAGGAAACCGUGCGCAAGUUCUUCCAGUAA